UGUUCAUAGGCUCUGACCAUCGUCAGAUGAUGAUGAUCUUCAUCGUGUUUGAUCUACUUCUCCUGAUUUUGGCUCUGACCUCUCCCGUCGGAGGAGAAUCGCCGACAUGCUUGGCAGUGUACCGCGAAGGUGGCGCGACGGCGGUUUUCCAAUCCCCAAAAUGCCCUCGCUGGACCCUCUCGAAUUUCAAAUCCCAGUCCAAUCGGCGACUGGAGUCGCGUACAAUGACGUGUCAUUCGGCUACACUCCAAGGCCGCCGGAAAUCACAGGAGGAUCGCACUCUUUGCGCCGUCGACCUUCGCAUCCCUUUUCCAGGUCCGAAGGGGGUAAAGGAAGUUAAUGUUGGGAUAAUGGCGGUUUUUGAUGGACAUAAUGGUUCGGAAGCUAGUGAAAUGGCAUCGGAGUUGCUAUUGGAGUAUUUUGUGCUGCAUUCUUACUUUCUUCUGGAUACUACUUACUCUUUUUUGUCGAGGAAUUUGAUGAAAAGGCUGCCGGAUAAAAUGGAAGAUGCUGCCGGUUUCCAGAAGAUUCAAUACGAGGAUAUUGAUGGCCGAACUCUGAAUCUCGGGAGGUUCAAGGUGACUUUGUCAACUAUUUUAGAUGGAUCUUUACCCUUUGACUUAUUGAGGGAAGCAUUGCUAAGAGCAAUUCAUGACAUUGAUGCAAAGUUUACUAUGGAUGCAGCAAGAUACAACCUGAGUUCCGGCACUACAGCAGCAGUUGUACUCCUAGCAGAAGCUCAAAUUCUAGUUGCUAAUUUAGGUGACUCGAAGGCAUUUUUAUGCUCUGAAGUAUAUCAGUCUCCACCUGAGACUAAAGUGUUAAUUGCUAAGGAGCUUACAAAUGAUCACCAUCCUGACAAUGAGGUAGAAAAAUCCCGGGUUGAAUCUGCUGGGGGCAAUAUUUCAAAAUGGGCUGGUGUAGCUCGAGUCAAUGGCCACUUGGCUAUAACCAGAGCAAUCGGGGACAUUCAUUUUAAGAACUUUGGCGUAAUCUCAGUGCCUGAGGUGACAGACUGGAAACCUUUGUCAGGCAAUGAAAGUUAUAUUAUUGCUGCAUCGGAUGGUGUCUUUGAAAAGCUUAGCCCCCAAGACAUUUGUGAUAUACUAUGGGAACCCCUUGCUGGUUUCACUAUCCGGGAGAAACUCAAUUCUACGUGUUCAAACUCAUUGGCUGAUUGCAUAGUUAAUGCUGCUUUUGAACAAGGAAGUAUGGAUAACUUGGCAGCUCUAGUGAUUAACAUGAGAGAAGCAGGUUCCAUUGCGACUUUUGGGGGCAAGAUUUACAGGGAACCUGAUUACUUGGGAGUAGUAGAUGAACGGAAGAUCUAUGUGAACUCAGCUGAUGCCAACACCUCAAUACUCGCAGAACUGCGGCCGCUUCCUGAUGUUACCAAGUUUGAUAGAUUACUGGUUGAAGGAAAACACAACAAUUUUAGAUGCUUUUAUUUAUCCGAGAAUCUUGAUGUAAACGAUGAUUACACAUUUUGGAUCCACAAAGAUGGCCGUGAACCUGUGUCGGAACAAUUAACUGCUUUAAGUGGUGCACAUCAGUUUACCUGGAGCCGGCCUAUAGAUUUCUACAGUGAUCAGCACACAUGCAUGCACUUUGGGUCAUAUAUUGAUGAUGAGAAAGAUCACUGCAUGAGCUCUGAUGGCUUUGCAAGAUUCCUUGGUUUUCUGGGAUCAAUUCCUUUACACAAUUCUGGUCAAAGUGAGCAUGCGACAUCAGACACAAGGUACAUACUGAAGAAGAAGUUUGAUCGUGGAGCAUACGGUGAAGUUUGGCUUGCUUUCAAUUGGAACUGUUCUCAAGUUGGUAAGAAUUCCCAAAGGAAGUUUGUAGAAGAAAAUGGUUUCUACCGUAACGAGAGAACUACUGUGCAUAACGAAAAUGAAGAUACAAAUAUGUUCUUUGAAGAUUGCAAAAGAGGCAAUUCUGAUGAUAACAUGUUCAUUUUGAAGCGUAUAAUGGUUGAAAGAGGAAUUGGUGCUUACUUGAGUGGGUUACGAGAGAAAUAUUUUGGUGAAAUCUUCUUAAAUGCUUCCAAUUCGCUACAAGGUUCAUCACCACCUAGAGAACCAGAUUUCUGGAAAUUAUCACAUUGCAGUACACAUGGCUCUGGAAAUGUAAAUAAAUCGGUUAAUCGGGACACCGAGGAUUCCUCAAUUCCUGAAGAUGUGAAUUUUAGGGAAAAAAGAUUGGGUGAAACAGCAUAUGAAGAAGGAUUAAAUCAAAUUGCUAGAUAUGUUGAAUCUUUUGAAUCACGGUCUAACGAGAUAUGGCUUGUAUUUCAUCAUGAAGGUUUUUCCUUGUCAAAACUUCUGUAUACUGCAGAAGAUGUGGUCAGUGAUGCUGACAAAGAAAGAGGCAAUCAUGGGAAGCGUAUUCAGAUAUUACAUGCUUCAAAAUGGUGGCACUGGUUGAAGACAACAGAAGCUGGACAAGAGGAAUUUCGUGAUAUAAUAUGGCAGUUGUUGAUGGCGCUUAAGUCCUGCCAUGAUCGCAACAUCACUCACAGGGAUAUCAAACCUGAAAACAUGGUAAUAUGCUUUGAAGACCCAGACUCGGGAAGCUGCUUGACAUCAACUCCAAAUAGUAGCGAGAACUACACUAAUAAAAUGUACUGAUUAUUAGUAUUUUUUACCUUUGUGUUUCAGUAUCUUGGUUCGUAAAAAUUGAUAACUGUACAGUCUAUUUUACUGCCAAGAUAUGCACGACCUUUCCUUUAAGCUAUCUGCUUUAGCUGGACUGUAUUCUGUAGUUAUUCAUUCUUACAACUGUAAUAUCCGAGAUCUUGUGGUUUUUGGUUCUUUAAUUUAAUGAAUGUCUUAUGUGUUGUGCUUA